AGCAAAAUAAACCCGACAUCAGUCUCCAAGUAUAAUCUCCACUCCCAUCAUUCCUUCCUUCAACAACUCCAUCAUUUCGCCCAAUUCUCUGAAAUUGAAUCAUCAUCAAGCAAUCAAACAGGGAUGGCUGGCUACAAGGGCGAAGAUGAGUACGAUUAUCUCUUCAAGCUAGUGCUAAUCGGCGAUUCGGGCGUUGGGAAAUCCAAUCUCCUCUCGAGAUUCACCAAGAACGAGUUCAAUCUCGAGUCCAAGUCCACUAUCGGGGUUGAAUUCGCAACCAAGAGCCUUAACAUCGAUGGUAAAGUUAUCAAGGCUCAGAUUUGGGACACUGCUGGUCAAGAGAGAUAUCGUGCCAUCACUAGUGCUUACUAUCGAGGAGCUGUUGGUGCACUGCUGGUAUAUGAUGUUACCCGGCGUUCUACUUACGAGAACGUCUUAAGAUGGCUCAACGAACUGAGAGGUCACACCGAUCCAAACAUUGUGGUCAUGCUCAUCGCCAACAAAUCGGAUCUUCGCCAUCUGAGAGCAGUUUCAACCGAGGAGGGUCAAGAAUUAGCUGAGAGGGAGUCUCUCUACUUCAUGGAGACUUCUGCUUUGGAAGCAAUCAACGUCGAUAACGCCUUCACUGAAGUCCUCGCUGAGAUUCACCGGGUCGUGAGCAGGAAGGCAGUUGAGGGUGGCGAUGAAGCUGCUUCUUCGUUUCCAUCUAAAGGGCAAACCAUUAAUGUCAAGGACGACUCAUCUGCUUGGAAGAAACUCGGGUGCUGCUCAAGCUAGGAGCUCGGUAACUAUCAUCGUGGAUACCUUUUGUUUCAGAAUCACUUGCUACUGACAUCCCUUUCUAUCUCUUUACUCUAUACCUUAUCGUCCCUUUUUACUUUCUGUUCUACACUAGUCCCGAGUAUACAAGGAGUAUAUUCGUCAACACUAAAAUUUAAUCGAAGCACGACGAGAUGAUAGUUUAUUUGGAUAGUUUUACAAUGCAUUUUUAUGACAAUGGUGUUGUGUUGGGGAUAUUUUUCAUGGAAAACCAUUGCAUAUAUAAUCGUUAUAACAUCUCAUUGCUUCUGUGUG